GGCACCACCCAGCCUUUUGCAACGACGAGCAAGUUGGUGUCAGGAGGAUUCUGCUGGCUAGAGGUGACAGCGUCUGGUCUUGGUAGCGGGGCAGUAAAUGGCGUGCCAUAUUUACUGUUUAUAAAUCUACACCGAGACGGUUAGCAGAUUUGCGUGAGCCGAUUAAGGAUUAUCUCUAUCAGUAAGUUGUCGCUGUGUGCCGCACGCCCAUCAACUAAUUGCAAGCUUAGCAUGCCGAUCCUGCGUCGACUUCUAACCGCUAGCUCAAUAGUUUGUAGACAACGAGUGCAGCGGAUAGGCCGGCAGUGGACAAGCUCAGGGCUAUUAAAUUACGUUCAUUACAAUUCGCAAAUAGCGUGGAACAUGAUGCCGAAGUUUGCCGACCAGAUUAUAAGCACGCACAGCAUAGUCAAGAGCGAAUCUGACAAGAAUGACUAUCGUGGCUUGGUGCUGAAGAAUGGAUUGAAGGUUCUAGUAGUAUCCGAUCCGACGACGGACAAAUCGGCCGCUGCCCUUAACGUGCAGGUAGGCUGUUUGACUGAUCCACGCAAUCUGCCGGGGCUUGCGCAUUUCUGCGAGCAUAUGCUGUUCCUUGGAACGAAAAAAUACCCUCGUGAGAAUCAUUACCACGAAUACCUGUCUGAACAUGCCGGGAUAUCAAACGCGUACACGUCAUUGGAUCACACCUGUUACUACUUCGACGUGGCACCGGAGAAUUUCAAGGAGGCAGCCGAUAUUUUCGCGCAGUUUUUUCUCGAACCUCUCUUUGAGCAGAGUUGCACCGACCGCGAGCUAAACGCCAUUGACAGUGAGCACUCAAAGAAUAUUAAGCAGGAUAUGUGGCGUUUGUGGAUGCUUGAUAGUGCAACAGGAAACCCCGAACACGACUUUUCCAAGUUUGGCACCGGCAACCGCGAAACGCUUCAGACUGUACCGCUCAAAGAGGGCAUUGACGUUCGUAAAGCGUUACUCGAUUUCCACGAGCAAUGGUACUCAUCUAACCUUAUGAGCGUUUGUCUCAUGGGUAAAGAAAGCCUCGACGACUUAGCGGAUAUCGCUAUCGACCUGUUUGCUGGCGUAAAGAAUAAAAACAUCGCUGCACAGGUAUGGCCCGAUCAUCCGUUUACCGAUUCUGAGGUACGCGUUCAGGCCAAGGUCGUACCCGUCAAGGAUAUCCGGCAUAUGGCAAUCACCUUUCCGGUACCCGAUAUGCGCGAACAAUAUCGAACGAACCCCGGCCACUACGUGAGCCACCUGGUCGGCCAUGAAGGGGAAGGAAGUCUGCUAUCAUACCUAAAAAGAAAGAGGUGGGCAAAUGCGCUGUCUGGCGGUGUCAAAUCGGGCGGUCGCGGGUUCAGUUUUUUCUCCAUUUUGAUAAACCUGACACCUGAAGGCUUAGAGCACACAGACGAAAUAGCCAGCGCCGUCUUUCAGUACAUGAAUCUCCUUCGUAAGGUAGGACCACAAAGUUGGGUGUUCGAGGAGCUGAAGAACCUUGGUGUUAUGCGUUUCCGGUUCAAGUCGAAGGAAACGCCGAUUCACUACGUACCGUCACUCACAGACUGUAUGCACAAGUAUGACUGGAAGGAUAUACUCUCAGCGCCGUACGUUGCCGACGAUUACAAACCCGAAUUGAUUUCCGAGUUGAUGUCCCACCUUGUUCCUGAAAAGGUUCGUAUCGCCCUGGUUUCGAAAAGUUUUGAGGGCAAAACCGAUAAGGUAGAGAAAUAUUACUCAACUGAGUACACGGUGGAAAAAAUUCCCGAGGCAAAAAUUAAUGCUUGGAGAACCGCCGAACCCGACGCUGAGCUGAGUCUGCCGGUUCCGAACGAGUUUAUUCCGACUAAUUUCUCAUUGGUGCCUGAGAACCCCAAGUAUACGAAGUCCCCUGUCCUCCUCCUUGACGAAUCCCACAGCCGAAUUUGGUACAUGCAAGACAAAGAGUACAAUCUACCCACAAACACGGCCAUGUUCGAACUGCGAUCUCCGAUGCUUUACGACAGUCCGAUCAGUAGCGCGCUAGCCUAUAUGAUCACGGCAUGUUUCAGUGAUGCCAACAACGAGUACUUUUAUCCAGCAGUACUUGCUGGCAGUUUGUACCAUCUUGAAAACAAUAUGAACGGAUUUCUAUUGAAGAUUCGCGGAUACAAUGAACGCCAACAAGCUAUUUUGGAGCGGGUUUGCGAAAGACUGGUCGACUUCAAGUUCGAUCCUAAUAGAUUCGAUAUCCUCAAGGAGGCGUACAUCCGAAACUUGAAGAACUUCGCCGCCGAACAACCGUAUCAACAAGCAGUGUUCUACACGAACAUGGCUCUUACCGAGAAGUUCUGGACGCACGAACAAGUUCUGGCCGUUGCAGAAAAAGAGUGUACAUUAGAGCGUUGCGAAGCCUUUCUUCAGGAGUUUCUCAAGAAAAUGUAUGUAGAGACACUUAUACAUGGAAAUAUGACUGUCGAUGAAGCGAGAAAAAUGGGAGAUACUAUUCGAAGGGUGCUAAAAAGUGGCCCAUUAACAUUUGAUGAAACGAAGAGCUUCCGUGAAUACAAAUUGCGCGAUGGCGAAAUUUAUCAGUUGGAUCGAUACAACGAAAUUCACCCAACAAAUUCCGUGAUGGCCUACUAUCAAAUAGGGGCACUUACCCCUGAAAAUAUACGAACAACAGCGAUCAAUGAUUUGUUUUGCCAAAUAUUUGAAGAGCCCUUUUUUAACGAGAUGAGGACCAAGGAGCAGCUCGGCUAUAUUGUGUCAGGCGGGCACAGGAAAAUGCUUGACACUUACGGAAUGCGUGUAAUUGUCCAGUCGGAUAAGAACCCGUCAUUCGUUUCCAGCCGUAUCGAUGUGUUCCUUAACGAGUUUAUGAAGAAGCAUCUCAAAGAAAUGUCGUUCGAGGAAUUUGAAAGGUUCAAGAAAGCACUUAUUGCUUUGAAGCUUGAAAAGCCGAAGAAGCUCUACGACAAGACCAGAAUCUUGUGGCGUGAAAUUUCGUCGCGGGCGUACCUAUUUAACCGCGAACAGCUGGAAGCGGAACAAGUCGCCCAGCUGAGCAAAGACGACGUCCUGUCAUACUAUACUCGUUUCAUCGUCCGCGAAGCACCCGAACUUCGUCAGCUUGUUGUUAACGUUGAAUCGAGACAACAGCCGGGCGAAACCGGAAAAGGUGUUCAGCCCACCCAGAUUAUCACGAACGUGGAAAAAUUCAAGAGUGAGCACGGUUUUUUUACCAUGGAAGCCUCGUCAACAACGACCGGUAAAGGCGAUGGCAACGCUGGAAAAUACUAACAAGGAUCGAAAUGAUCUCCAAUGCUGGCAUACAUAAAUGAGGCGGGAUUGAACCUGACGAUCGGGUCAUGACUGUCGAAUCAUGCUUUUGCUAGCAAAAAUCUGUCAUUCGUAGUCGUUGUACAUAGGCAAAUACGCUCAUAGGCAGUAGACAGCUUUGAGUUAAUCACCCUAUGUGUGCAAGUGUAUUGACAAAUGAAACCGAAUGCGUAAGGUUUUUUACGACUGACGCGUCUGAGCUGAAAAGAUAAAUCAGCAUUACACAAUUUGUAAUGUUUCGGUGGAAUGAAGCUUUGGCAGUUGUAGGUUUUUUAGAUGAUCAAUAUAGUAGUUUAAGAACAAAUUAAACUAAACGGAAAAUGGCGGGCCUAGAAAUAAAGAAAGAUAAAUAUUUGUAAUACUUUUAUUUCGAAAGCAUCCGGCACGCGUCGUAGGAAUAGCACAUCUAACAGAAACGUGUUGGACAGGAAUAGAUUGCUUAAGUAAAUAUUUGUAAGUUCUCAAAAUAAUUAUAGUAAAACCGAUAGCAGGGAAAGAUCGCAAGAUGAAAUUAUUAACUGACAUAUGGAACGGGUAGGGAGAAGGAUAUAAAAUUGCAACAUUGUAUAUUUUUUAAAUCGAACUUCUUCCUGACAUGAUCUAGGAACAAUGGUUUCAACUUGAGUGUCUGUAAGAUAAUUCAAUAAACGAAAAUAUAUACAUCACCCUUA